UCCUAAACAAAGGUAGCACAUGAGACUUUACACUGAGAGCUGUGUAUGUAUCGAAAGUGAAAGCCGACCACAGUCUGUGGCCGACAUUUGAACUUUUAAACACAGUUCUUUACAGCCUGCUCGGUAAAACUCAAACAUGGCGCUGCUAAUAUCAGCUCGGGUUUCAAACGUGAGAGCCCUGCCAUGCAGUGCUCUGUCCCGUGUCCGGGCUGACUUCCAGAGAGCAGGUGUCAAGUUCAGGCACUUGUUCACCCCGGGUAGCCCCCAGCUCACCGGGACACAUGUAACCAGUCCCAUACGAAGUGCUGUUAACGCCGCAGGCCGAGGGGCCAAGUUCUCCACCACAGCAGCGGCGCUUCACAAAUCCACCCGGGCUAACGGUUCCUGUCCACCUGGGGGGAGGAGAGGCUGGCUGGGAAAGUUUGCCUUCGGUGCCGCCCUCGGAGUGGGGACAGCCGCUGUGGUGCAGGCCCUUCACACUGGACUCAUUACCGCCAUGGCUCUAAAAAUGAACCUGGACUCUGCUGAGGGGGACUGGAAGGAAACCAAGGACUUCUUGCUGUCUCUGUCUGUGAAGGACAGGCGUGGUUACUACAGAACCUCUGGCUCGGUGCCACUGGAUGACAUCCCAGUGUGGACUCCCACAGCAGGAGCCUCUGAGCCAAGUCGCUACCAGAGAAAUGAAAAGUUAGACCAGAAGAUUUCAGUGUACAGUGGCGACAUCACCAAGCUGGAGAUAGAUGCCAUUGUCAAUGCAGCCAAUAAGAGCCUGCUCGGAGGGGGCGGAGUGGACGGAGCCAUCCACCGGGCUGCAGGUCCCCUGCUAAAAAAGGAGUGCGCUUCCCUCCACGGCUGUGAGACUGGAGAGGCCAAGAUCACCUGUGGCUACGGCCUCCCUGCAAAGUAUGUGAUCCACACCGUGGGGCCGAUCGCUCAGGGAGGAGUUGGUGAGGAGGAGAGAAGAGCUCUAAGGUCAUGCUACAGGAACAGCCUGCUGGCUGCCACCGAAAACACUGCUCGAUCUGUGGCUUUCCCGUGCAUCUCCACUGGAAUCUACGGGUAUCCACCUGAACAGGCAGUGCACGAGGCGCUAGCAGCCGUUAGGGAGUUUCUUGAUGCACAUCAUGACAAGCUGGACAGAGUCAUCUUCUGCGUGUUUUUGCCGACGGAUAAGGAGCUGUAUCUGCAGAACCUCCCGCUCUACUUCCCUCCUGCCUGAGCCGACCCAGAGAUUCAGGCUGAGGUAACAAGCAUGCUGU